AUGGUCAGAUACGCUGCUACCCCCGCCAACCCUGCUAAGGCUUCCAAGUCCAGAGGUUCUUACCUCCGUGUCCACUUCAAGAACACCCAUGAAGUUGCUGUUGCCGUCAAGGGCUUAAAGUUAAGCAAGGCUUAUACCUACCUUAACAACGUCACCGAGCACAAGCAAAUCAUUCCUUUCCGCAAGUUCAACGGUGGUGUCGGUCGUCAUGCCCAAGCCAAGGAAUUUGGUACCACUCAAGGUCGCUGGCCCGUCAAGUCUGUCAAGUUUGUCACUGACCUCUUGAAGAAUGCUGAAUCCAACGCCGAGGCCAAGGGUUUGAACGUUGAGGAACUCUACAUUUCCAGCAUCGUUGUCAACCAAGCUCCCAAGCAUCGUCGUCGUACUUACCGUGCUCACGGUAGAAUUAACCCCUUCAUGUGUUCUCCUUCUCAUAUUGAGGUUGUUCUUACCGAAAAGGAUGAAGUUGUUCCCCGUGCUGAUGACAAGAAGAUUGUCAAGCUCAAUGCUCGUCAAUUAGCUCGUAACGCUCGUCUUGCUCGUGCUUAA